AAAUGAGCCUGACUACUCCUGUUCCUCCACCCCCCCAUCACCUCCUCUUCCUCACACACUCACACACACACUCGCACGCGCGCGCACGCUGACAGUGCUUUAUAUCACCGUGGCAGCCCUUUCAGAGCGGCUCGUCCAGAGUGAGAGAGUUGGACCGCGCGGGGAGGAAGGGGGCUUAUAUAACAACAGCUCCGGGAAAUUCUGGAGAGCCGAGCAGACUGUCAGUGGUCAGCAGAGCCGGGGGGAAAGCAGCCACCCCGACGGCCGUGAACUGGAGAGAGAUCGGAAGGAUGCCGCGCUGAAGUUUUACUCCAAGAAACUUCCCGGACUCACCGUCCACGCCAUCCGCAGCCUGGGAUACCACAGCUGGACUGUGUCAGUCAUGGACCGGUACGAGCUCCACGGCCGGAAGCUGCGAGAUUUUGCCAAAUUACAGCUGCUUUCGGUUCGGAUCCAUGAAGAGAACUUACACUGACAGGAGAGACGGAAGACGGCGGGAGCAUGGGGGCACUCUUCUGCAAACUGCACUGCCUCCUGAAGAGGGCUCAGAUGCUGCUGCUUUGUCUGGGCAUCGCCUACCUGAUGGCCGGCAGCAUCCUGCUCCUGCAGCGCUCCAGCGUGAGAGUGGCCCAGCCCACCCUGGCCGGCCUGCCGCCGCUCUGGUCUCUGGCCGCGCCUCCCACCGCCCUCCGGACGCUGGGUCUGGGCGUUAGGGCCCGAUCCAGGUGGGCCGCCAUUCAGGCAAUGUCCGGAGGGGGAGCCAGAGCAGGCCGACACUGGCAAGCUUCUCGGAACCUGGGGGUCCAGCACAUGCACCAUCGCUGGUUUCACAACCUGCUGCCCGAGAGUCCAGAACAAAAGAUCCCCGUGCACAGGACCGGCAGACACAAAGGAACCUACAUGGGAUGCUUCCUGCACAACGCCACCGACCGAGCCCUGGGAGGAACCGUGCUCUAUGACCUGCGCAAAAUGACCAGCUCUCUCUGUCAGGACACCUGCUCGGAAAGUGGGUACCAGUUUGCGGGUCUGGAGUAUGGAGCCGAGUGCCACUGUGGAAACCGGAUCAGUAGUCCAAAGGUCCCGGAGGAGGACUGCGGUCUGGUGUGCCGUGGCGAGCGGGGGUCACCCUGUGGCGGCGUGGGACGUCUCUCCAUUUAUAAGGUGGAGGAGCAGCUGCCAGUCAAAAACAUUCACUACCACGGCUGCUUUAAGCUGAUGAAGAGCACCUUCGGCACCUUCCCGGUCUCCACCUCUCAGCCCAACCUAACCAGGCAGUCCUGCAUCGAGACCUGCACUGAUAAGGAGCUCCCUCUGGCUGCGUUCAAGAGGCCGCACUGUCUGUGUAUGUGGACGUCCUCCGUUUUCAGCGUCAGCCAGCAGUCUGAAAACAAACAGUGCGAGGAGAGCGCCGCCCAAAACCGCACCGCCACCCCCACGCCCCCCGCCCCCACAGAGGCCGACUUCUACCAGGUGUACCAAACCCCCGUGCUUGACUCCAGGUGCAAAGAGAGGAUGUUUCUGCCCCAGAGGUCCGUCUCCCUGGUGGCUCUCUCGAGUUUUCCUGGAGCGGGCAACACCUGGGUCCGGCACCUGAUCGAGCUCGUGACCGGCUACUACACUGGCAGCUUCUACUUCGAUGGCACUCUGUACAACAGGGGUACGGGGGGGGGAGGGGGCCUUUCCUUUGACCGAGCGCCUGGCACAUCCCCCAACACUGCUCACCCUUCCGUUUUCAUUUGGUCGUUGGCUCCAGGUUUCAAGGGAGAGAAGGACUACUGGAAGAGCGGCCGCAGCGUCUGCGUAAAGACCCACGAGAGCGGUCAGAAAGACAUCGAAAUGUUUGAUUCUGCCAUCCUGCUGAUUCGAAACCCCUACCGCUCCCUGAUGGCUGAAUUCAAUCGGAAAUGUGCUGGACACUUGGGGCACGCCACAGAGGCCCAGUGGAGCAGUAAAGAGUGGCCAGAGUUUGUCUCCAGCUACGCCCCCUGGUGGGCAUCCCAUGCCCUGAGCUGGCUGAAAUUUGGCCGCCGUCUGAUGGUGGUGCAUUACGAGGAACUGCAGAGGGCUCUCCUGCCGGAGCUGCGCGCCGUCACGGCCUUCCUGAACAUCACCGCCACCGAGGAGCGGCUUCUCUGCGCGCAGAGCAACCAGGACGGCCAUUUCAAGCGCUCCCGGGCCCAGCAGCCCUCCUUUGACCCCUUUACCCCAGACAUGAGGCAGAUGAUCGACUCUUUCAUUCACAGUGUCGACCAGGCACUGCACAGCAGGAACUUUAGCGGACUUCCACAGGAGUACCUCCCCAGAUGAUGGUCUGAAACGGCCCUCCAUUCAUCCUCUAAAUGACUGUUUCCGGCUGGGAGUUUAAAGAGGGGGGACGUUUUGCACCCAAACACUCAGCCGGGGCGUGACUGGCUGAGGUGAGCAGCCCAGCUUUGACGUGCCGGGCAUCAAGCGAGGCUCCGGGGUCACAGAAAACACAUCCAAGCUCCCGGGGGGGAAAAAAAAAAGCAGUAGUGAAAUAACCUAACAGCCAGGAAAGCCCUCAGGGCGUCGAACACCUCUCAGAGAGCAACAGGUACGGCAGGAUAUUUUAAGAGGAUUUGACAGCUUGCAAAGUUGGGAUAAUCCGGCAAAGUGCUCGGCUGCACAAAUAUAAGUGUGUAAAUACAGGAUGCACUAUCCCUGUCCCUCGGUUUGCUUCGGCCCAUGCAUUGUGUUUUUCAUACAUGUCUGAGAUAUCUGGUUAUGUCACAGAAGCUGUUUGUACUGGUUGGCACAGGUUUAAGAUUACGAUGGAUAAAAGACUCCGACAGACUCUCCGUGGCGUUGUGUACAUUUUCAUAACCUAAAAGAGGCAGUGGGCAGAGGUUAUCGUAGGAGGGGGGCAUAUAUACAGCCAUUUGUGCUUUUCAUUUUGAGGUUAAGAAGUUUGGUACAGCAGGUCUUUAAUCUCCAAACACCAAACAGAGGCACAAAGAAAGCCAACAUUGGUUUUAACUGUGAAACCACCAGCAGAGAAUUUGAGUGUUAAGAAGUGCGCAUGGCUCUGGUUCACACACCUGACGUCUGCUCGGAAUCACAGCGCCAUCUGCUGGAUUAAGUCUGACUGUGAAAUAAUGCAUUAAGAUGAAAGCACUGACAUCAGUGCAGAGGGAUGAAAUCUGACCAGGAAGAGUCAAAUUAUACAUGUGCUGUUCAUUUUCAUUUCCAAAAUACCCACAAAUGCCUAAAGAGGCCUUCAAUUAUUCCAGUUGUUGUGUUUAGUCAUUGUUGCCACAAAAUCGAAGCACUAAACUGAUCAACAUUUGCACAAAAUCCUAACCCUAAAGGGACAAAACCUGUUCUGCACCAUUGGAUCAUUAUUAUAAACACAGUUUCCUUCCAUCAAAAUGCCCCAUUUAACCUCGAAUUAGAUAAGAAAAAAUACACCUGUUGGAUCCAUAUGAAUAACAAUACUGACUUGGUUACAAAAAAAAUGAAAGAGGAAGACAUUUUAUCCUCACAGAUAUGAUGCCUGUUUGUUUGUGAGUCAGUGUACCAACUACAAACGGGAUCUUUGGGUCAUACAGUCCGAUUUCCAUAUAAUACAAAAAGAAAGCAAUGAUCGCAGAAAAUAUCGAGCGUUUAAAGUGAAGUAGUUUGUGCAAAAUGAACAGGACUGACCAUGUUCAUGUUCACGGUCUGGGCUCAGAAUCACUUCCACACAUAAUUUUUUGUGAGUUUUACAGAUGUCGGUCAUACUCAGUCAUGAAAGAAAGCCAUUUGUGAACAGGAUCCCGAAACAUCGCCGUUUUUCCAGGCUGCAGCUCAUCUAAAACUGGCAGAAUGUGAAGUGGAAACUUAAGAGAGGUCAGACAAUUAAAAAUGUUGAAUUAAUUUUGGAAACCAUGGAAACCUUGUCUUCCAGACCAAAGAGCAGAGGAUCCAUCCAGCUUUUUUGAAGCUGAUGUUGUGGGGCGUGUUUCUGCCUUUGGAACUGAAAAAGGAAACAUCUGGAAAGGAACCAUCAACUCUUAAAAGGCACGAACAGGUCUUGGAAGAACAUGUUCUCCCAGUUACACAACAUCUUUCCCAUAAUUAGAACAGCACAGUUCCAACACCCAGUCCGUUUCUCACGUUUGCUGGCUGAUUUCAGGCCAAGGGGGGGGGCUGGUUGGUGGGAAUCAUGGCGCCAUGGCUGUUUUUCAGAUGUGCCAACGAAUUUUGAGCUCAUUUUUCACAAAAUAGCAAAAAUGCCUGACUUUCCACAUUUAAUUCUCAAUAAAAUCUU